AUGACCAGGAGAGAAGUUAAACUAACAAUCAAUGUUGAAGAAAUACUAAAGGAGUACCAGUCUAUGGAUAGAAACGAUGCAUCUAUCACAUCAGUUAGAGAGAUAAGCCAAAUGGUUAUACUGAAGCGCAUAGUUAAGAAUAAUCUAAAAAUAGAAAGCAAGGAGCUUAGUGAGAAAAAGAAGGAAAUUAUUCUAAAAAUAAUCGAGAAUAAUAUUUUUCAGCACCUUAUAUACAGUUUAAAUGAAGGUUCUAUUAUGCGAACUAUGGUAUCUGAAUUACUGUAUGGAACUGAAGAAACAGUUAAAUAUGCAUUUAAGCCCCUAGCUAAUACACUUAUAAAUCCAGAUCCGCUUAUAUACAAUCCUGAGCAUGGAAUAAAUAGACAGUUUGAUAUGCAUGGAGAGAUAGAUAGUGUAGAUCUAUCUCGUGGAGAGCUUAACCUAAGCACUAGAAAAUGCACUUUGAUGGUUGAUGAUACAAACUUGGAAAAUAUUCUUCAACUUACCUCAGAGAGUCUGGAUAGAGAGAAUGCUUUUUUUGUCUCGAAUUCAAUGGAUUCAUUGAAUAUGAAUCUUUUUAAAAAGUAUACAUCUGUAAAAGGACGCUACAGUCUGAAUGACCUAUACACAAAAGAAAAAAACAAAGUUCCAUUGGUAGACUAUGGACUGAAGCUUAUUUACGAGAAAUAUCAUUUAAUCGAGCGUCUAAUAGAAGACAUCAAAGAAAUGAAAAGCCCUAGCAGCAAUGACAUACAGGAUAUAUCUGCAAGACUCAGCAAUUUGUUUAAAAAUGAAGAGUUAAAAGUAGUCUUUUCUAUUCUCAAUAAUAAACAGAAAAUUUUGAGUGAAAAAAUAAUAUAUAUCCUUAUACUUAAGACAUUAGACUGCAUGGCAACCAGCACUGAUCUACUAGGUGGAAAAGGUGAGCCAAAAGUGCUGAAGAUAAAAGCAGACUUGAGCAACUUUAAUAAAGACUAUAUAAGUGAACACGAUGGCUCGUUUGAAAUAAUGUCUAACAAAGUGGAAAACUUAUGUGGUGAAAAAGAAAGCCAGAUUAAAUCUGUUAGCAUUGAACACAAAAAGUGGAAUACAAAAGAAAAGAGUCUAAAAGAGUGGAAAAACACAACUGACCUUGAUCCAAGCUCGCAGGAGUACCAGAAGAUAGUGAGAAAAGAGGAAGAAGAGAUAAAAAGUAUACUGCGUGAAAUUAAUUUCCUAAAUAAUAAGAUAUAUUUAUCAAAACUUGAUAUUAAAAAAGCAAGAUUGAUUUGUAAAGCUAUUGGUACUCUUCAAGCUAUCUUUAGUGUAUUAUCUGACUUAAGUUCAGUUCAGAAACAAUACUUACUCAAGAAGAUAAAAGAAUCUGCAAAACUACUGAAAGUACAAGUGGUGGUAACCGAUGAGGUAGAAGUAGCAGAAAAAAUGGAAGUAGAUGAGCCAGUUGAGCAGCAUCAGACACUAGACAUGUCUGGUGAAACAGGGUCUAGCUCAGCAGGUGCAUCAGUCCGGACAAGCACUCUUGGAAAAGUAUUAGCGGGUGGCCUUCUUGUACUUGGAUCAACAGUAUAUACUAGCCAUCGUUACUCAAAGAGCAAGCCAACGUCUGCAGCCAACAGUGACAGUGAUAGUUUAUAUCACGUCAUGGACAGCAGACAAUUACAAAACAUGAACAGUCAUAACAUGUCUUGA